CUAAGUUCACGCAAAACAUGUCUGGCCGAGGUAAAGGUGGUAAAGCUAAGGGAAAGGCGAAAUCUCGUUCCAACAGAGCUGGUUUGCAAUUCCCUGUUGGUCGUAUUCAUAGACUUCUUCGCAAAGGAAAUUACGCAGAACGUGUCGGUGCAGGAGCACCAGUGUAUUUAGCAGCCGUUAUGGAAUAUUUGGCUGCUGAAGUGUUGGAAUUGGCGGGAAAUGCUGCUCGUGAUAAUAAAAAAACCAGAAUUAUACCUCGUCAUCUUCAACUUGCUAUCCGUAAUGAUGAAGAAUUAAAUAAAUUACUUUCUGGAGUAACUAUUGCUCAAGGUGGUGUUUUACCAAAUAUUCAAGCAGUUUUAUUGCCAAAGAAAACUGAAAAAAAAGCUUAACCAUAUAAACAUCGAUAUAAAUGGCCCUUUUUAGGGCCACAAUUUUUUAAAACAAAGGAAUUUCUCAUCUGAUUCAUAAUUAAAUAGAAUACAUUCUUAUAUACUAAAAAAA